UCCCUCACUCAGCAUCACAUAUGACUUAGUAAGUGGGUGCCGUCUCCAACAGCAUGCAAAUAGGUGGGAGGAACCGCGCGGGCCAAUGCACAGGUCCAGUUAUCACUCAUGCCGUAGUUUAAAAGAAGACACAUCGCCAACCGACAUCUGACUCUCUGCAACACCCUCAGCUGCCCACAGCCCAGCCGACAGUCCCAAAGUACAUCGUCUUCCGACAGUCGCCAACAGUCGACAACACCGGCGGCAGCAGCCAUGGCAUCCCAGCAGGCGCCCUCUGUCCUCCCCGAGACAGCUGCUGACGACGAGCGCCGUCUACUCUACCAGUCCUACAUUGACCACUGCAAUGCGCACAACUUUGAGGCUAUGGAGAAGUUCUACACAACACCAACUCUUAACGUCAACGACGAGCCCUGGCCUACCCCGAAAGUUACCGCGCAGUUCAAGCCACUCGUGGAAGGCUUCCCGGACUGGAAAUGGGAGAUUCGCCACUUCGCAAUCGAUGGCGAUUACUUGUCGCUGCACUUCCGCGUAUCGGGCACGCACCUCGGCAUCUUCCAGGGCAUUGCACCGACAGGCCGAAAGGUUGCCACAACGCAGUUCACGCUGUAUCAUCUUGUUGACGGAAAAUACGCCGAUGUUUGGGACAUGACAGACAUGGAGGCUUUGAUGAAGCAAAUUCAGUAGGCUGGAGACAAGUAGUGGAGCGGACCAUGCAACCGAAGGUCAAAUAAGCCUGCGUCAGGGCAUUGCCCAUUUCCGAGCUGUAGUUUACAUUAAACCCUAUAUAUUCUACUACGGCAUUGUCGCAGGAGCCGUUCAUAGUUCAGCCGAUUCCUCUAUAUGCAGGUGCUAGCUGGCAGUCAGCGUUUUGCUGGGUAGCGUUAUACUCAGCAGUCAGCCCAAAUCAAUGGCUGGCGAUUUCGACUGAAAUUUCGUCCAGGUACUUCAUAGUUCUCUCAAUGAAGCACCAGACAGGGC